GCGGUGCGGUGCGGGUGCGGUGCGGCGUUAAAUUUGAAAACUUGGAGGGUAGUAGUAGACAGACCGUUGUCGAAUCGAACGACCAGCCGUUGCUGUCACUGCUUGCUAGUCCCUGCUGUUGCUGCUGCUGUCGUUGCCGUUGCCGUUGCCGUUGCCGUUGCCGUUGUCGUGGCCGCUGCUGUUGGGAAAUGUAAAUGCGUCCUUUUUCUUUUGAUGCCUCGAGGGAGGCGGAGAACGAUCCUUUUCGAACAGGUGGCAGAGACCAGAUGCGGUCCAACAGAACAGUUUCGGUCGGGAGGAAGCUCAUAUGGAAUGGCAUCGCAUGGAUCCUCGCCGAAGAGAAGGGGGCCGAUCGCGAUAGCGAUGCUCGCCGUUUUGACGAGUGCCGUGUCGGGCGGCUUCUGUCCGCCACGAUGUCGUUGCGACGACGAAACCCUAAGGGCAUCAUGCGCUUACGCGGAUCUCGAGUUCGUACCGAUCCAGCUCAACCCAGAGAUACGACAUUUGGAUCUUUCGAACAAUCGCGUGGCGAACCUGCACUUGACCUUCUGUUUCUACGGUAACCUGGAAAGUCUCGAUCUUAGCUCGAAUCUGAUCCGUACGCUCGGGACGGACAAUUUCGCACUUCAGACGAGCCUUUUAACCCUCAACGUUAGUUCCAAUUCCAUCAGGACAAUAGCGAAAAACGCUUUGAACGGUUUGAAGUCAUUGAGAGAGUUGAAUCUGGCUGACAACAAUAUAACGGAGAUGGACGAGCAAGCGUUCAAAUAUACCAGCGAGUUAGAAGUUCUCGACCUCAGUGGCAACUCGAUCACAAGUUUACCUAAAGAUCUGAUGAAGAAUCUACACAAGAUAAGAACGUUACUUCUCAAAAGAAAUUCUCUUUUGGAGGUACCAGCCGAUAACCUGGCUUUGGCACCGAGCCUGGAGAACGUCGAUCUUUCGGAGAAUCUUAUUCAGGAAUUAACCAGAGACUCCUUGCCGUCCUUACCGUCGUUGGUCUCGUUGAAUCUAGCGGACAAUGUGAUCAGAAGUAUCGCCGACGACGUUUUCGACCGAUUGCCAGGUUUAUUGCGUCUCGAUCUCUCGGGGAACAACUUGACCUCGGUCCCGACCGUUGCAUUGGCCAGACUUAAUGUUCUUUCGAGUUUGAUCCUCAAUCGUAAUCCCCUUGGUACAUUACGUCCCGUAGCCUUUCGCAAUCUCUUCGAACUGAGAAGUCUCGAACUCGACGAUUGCACGCUUGAGAAUAUCCACGCGAGAGCGUUUGCGGAUAACGUCAAUCUCGAAAGGAUCUCGUUAGAUGGGAAUCGCGAACUCAAGGAAUUACCUGGACGAGUAUUGUACGGUGCUCGAUAUUUAAAAUGGGUUUCCCUGCGUCGUUGCAGUCUCGCGACUCUUCAACCAACGCAGUUUCCGGUUGACGGUCUCUCCUUGCUACGAGUCGGCGGGAACCCUCUCGUUUGUAACUGUUCGGUGCAUUGGCUCUGGAACGUUAUCAGAGCGGAAGAAAGGCGUAACGAGACGCGAUUGGAGCUCGACACGAACGACAUCGUUUGUACGGACGAGGAAUUUGCUGGGAAACCACUGAUCGCCCUACCGGAAGGAUCCCUACGUUGCAGAUUGAGUCCUCUCUAUCUCAGCUUGUCCGCGGCUGGUUGCCUCGCGGCAACAGCCAGUAUCCUGGCUUUGAUAGCUCAUCUUACAAGAGCCAAAAGGAAGAAACGCUUGGCUUACGCGGCACCAAACAGGCCAGAAUUUUUAGUCUACGUUGGUAGAAGCAACGAAGAAUUAGCGAAGAACGCGGAAUCGUGUAAUAGAAGGUUGUUGGCCCGGCACGAGGACACUUCUUAUGACACGCCUAGAGCUAAAGCAGUCGUUAGGGCUCCUAGAUCCCAAGAUCACAACAUUUACGAGACACCGAGGUACGCUCGACCCGAAAGACGAUUGGAUGCGGUAGAACCACCUACUUCCAUGGCCGGUAUUCAUGGAAGACAACAACAACAGCACCAACAACAGCAACAACAUCAACAUCAACUUCAACUCCAACAUCAACAUCAACAUCAACUUCAACUUCAACAUCAAUAUCAACAACAACAUCAACUUCAACUUCAACAGCAACAACAGCAACAACCGCUAGACGAGGGUGUCUACGCUGUAGCGGAUGUUACAGGUCUUCGAGAUGAACCACCGGAAAUGUUAUCCCUUUACCGUAUGCAGAAUACACGAAUGAACGUACAGCGCGCCGAUUAUGGUUACGAUUAUGAGUACGAUUAUGAUUACGAGCCUCCACUUCCGGACAAGCCUCACGUUGUUUUCGUUUGAACGAAGAUGUGGAUGGGAAGUGAAUGUCAGACGAACAGAGAUAGAGAUACGUAGAUAGAAACAAAGAAAGAAAGAAAGAAAGAAAUAGAGAUAGA